AUGGAAGAAAAACAGAAUUGUGUUUUGAGCGCUGUUCUCUCUACCUCCAAAGUUCCAAUUUUGGUGCUGAUCAUACAUUAUUGUCAUAAGAAAAUCCCACAGAGCUGUAUCCCACCUGUGCUAUCGGUUUUGGUUGAAUUGAUAGGGAAUGGGAAAGAGAAGGAGGAUUUUCAGCAAAAAGAUCUUGUAGAGUCAUAUUUUCCUUCACUGCCACAAAUUUUGAAACUACUUGAAGUAAGAAUUGAAGAGUUUUUCAGACCACAGAAGGAUAAAACAAAAGUCAAAGCCAAUAUUGCGUUUAUUUGUCGUUCCAUUUUGAAGGACUUAUGGAGUCUAAAAUCUUACGAUGACUUUUUCACAUUCUUGAACUCAUCGUCGGCCUUGUUAAUUGAUCCACCUACGGAGUUGUCAGUAUACAUAAAUAAUUUCAAGCACAACCCGGGCUAUCAAAAACCCUUAAAGGGUUUACAUUCAUCAAGUUUUUUAGGCAAUUUCAUAUCCAUCCUUUCCAUUGGAUCUUACACGAUGACAUUCGAGGAAGGGAUCAAAGUUUGGAACGGCUUUGUUGACUACAGACAAGAAAGUGAACAGGCGUGGAGCUCAUUUCGAGGCCUUGAUAGUUCCAUAGAUGUUUCCACGUCCCAAACUUUUCAGGAGGGAAUCCUUCCCAAAUGUAAAGUUGUUAAUGAUUUUAGUAAAACAGUGGUAUAUUCCCACUUUGAUCUUUCUAGUUUGUUUCAGUCCCAAGUCAAUGUUUUACAAAAGCAAGCCGUCCAUACCCCCAGAUCGGUUCAAAAUGUAAUAGCUUCAUUAUCUCAAUCUGAUAGAAGCUUAUUGCCGUCGUCAUACCAAGUUGAGUAUCUGAAUCAUUGGAAACGCGCUAAUUAUGACGAGUCGUUUGAUUCCCUACACCGAUACUUUGAUUAUAUGAUGUCUAACAGACGCCAAUAUUUUUACCAUUAUGCUUUAUCGGCACUUGCAUCUCUACAUAGCUCAUUUGGUGCCAACAAAGAGGCCUUACGUGCCAUAGAUGAAGCCAUUCUAGUUGCUAGAGAGAACAAAGACUUGGAUUACCUCAAUUAUUUACUUACUUGGCUAUUAAAUUUUAUGAUUUCGAAGCCUAAACUUUUCGUUGCUUCAACCGAUCAUCCGUCAAGAUCAGAAACUAUUCAAUUUUUAAGAAUGAAAACAAAAGAAACGAAAAAUAUCUCUUUACAAGCACUAUCAUUCCAAUUCGAGGUUGCCGUGGGGCUACUUGAAGGUGACCACAUGUCUUUGAUUGUAAAGAAUAUGAUAAAAAACCUCUAUCUAAUCUUACAAUUCCAUGAUAGUGGCGAGUCAAAUGGAAUAUUUAUUAAUGCAUGUCAAAUGUUUGAUACCGUUUGGAAGAGAAUGGGAUAUCCAAGUUUGGGAAAUUUAUACAUUCAAAUAGCCAUUGAUUUUGCAAGAGAAAAAAAGAGUGACUUUGAUUUAAUUAUCCUAUAUAUUAGGAAGGCAUAUGAUAUGUAUUUUGCAGGGGAAGUAGAUGAAGCUUUCAACUUGUUGUAUUCUGUUGAAGAAAGUGCCUCUAAAGAUUCGCUCAUCUUUAAAAGAUGGAAGCUAUCUCUUUAUUUGCUGGAAUUUUACCGAUGCCUAAACAGGUGCAAUUACUCAAAAUGCUCUAUUAUUAAGGACCAAAUGAAUGGUUUAUUUGACAUUAUUGAUGAUCAAGAACUUUCAAACGAGAUAAUCUAUCAAAAUUCUCUUUAUAACCUAAAAGUGGGCAAUAUCGAGGAGGCAUCGAAAAAAAUUAACGAACAAUUGUUGAUAAUGAGAGACCACCAAACACUAUUUAAUAGCUAUUGGUUUAUUAGAUUUCAGGUUUUGUAUUGUCGAGUCUUUGUGGAACGUACUCAGUAUCCAGAGAGAGCCAUUUCAAUUUUACUAAAUGCUAUCAAUUUGUCUCGAAAGGGGACACGCAUUUUCAACUUAUGUGAAUGCAUAAUUUGCUUAUGCAAACUACUCUUUCAAUUAGGCACGAGAGAAUCAUUGAAAGAUGUAAAGGAAUUGCUCAUUGAAUUUUUACCGAAAUUUCUUGAGAUAAGACAAGUUUCAAUAGUCUCUGAAGCUUACUAUUAUUUAGCACGUGCGUUUUUUAUGGAACUUCAAGAGAAAACUGCAUCCCAACCGGAGGAGAACGAAUUCAGACGCUCAAAGAUAUUAAAAUACUUGAGUAUUUCUAUUCACGGCUACGAAAUGAUGGAUGAUUACGACAGCCUAAGAAAAUGCCUGGAGUUCCAAAAACAAAUAGCUCUGGUUUAUGAGCUAGAAGGACUAGAGAAGGAGACCGCUUCAAAAUUGGAUCACCUUAAUACGUGUAAUAUAAGCUCCCAGAACUUUGACACAUGCUAA